AUUGAAUACCCACAGUGCACGUGCUCCCACUCUUGUGUUCUCGUCAUCGACCUCACGGCAUGCCUAGCUUUUAUGAGUUCUAUCGAGAGUCAUCAAUAGGGACCGCCCUGACAGACUCCCUUGAUGAGCUUAUUACCAAUGGCAGUAUUUCGCCGCAGCUUGCCAUGAAAGUUCUGCUUCAGUUCGAUAAGUCGAUCGCAGAAAAUCUGGCUAAACAGGUAAAAUACAAAACUACAGUCAAGGGUCAUUUGAGAAAUUACAGACUAUGCGAAGACGUUUGGACCUUUGAUGUUCAUAAUGCAACUUUCAAGAUGGAUGGGAACGAAGUGGUCACCGCGCCUAAAGUCAGGAUCGUUUCGUGUAAGAACACCGAUAGUGCAGAGAUAAAGUAGUUCCCCACAACCCCAUACCUUAUGAGGCUACCCCUAUUAAUCACUGAAGAGAUUUUCUCUUGGGGAACGAAACAUCCGAGUUUCCCUUGUGUACUUAACGCGUUCUCCAGGCAAAUCUAUUCACGGAAUUCGUUUUCUGGGAAAAUUUGGGAUACGUCCUCUCUGAUGGACCCCUGCCUGGGGUUUCAGUCGUUUCACGUUGCAGGCCUCUCGUGAGAGUUACCUCGGAUCGUCU